UAAUUUUCCCGUGGUGAGGCGCCCAUGCGUAAAUCUGGAAAGCGGGAAGAGAAGGGAUAACAUCUCAUCCUUAUCCUGGAGUCUCUGUCCGAGACGACGACCAUGGCCGUUGCUGCUACUGCUCUGUGCAGUGCCCUCUCCCGACUCACCUUCUCUUCUGCUCCUCCGCCUUCUUUCCUCUCUUCUUCUUUAGGCACCACCCUUCACUUCUCUACGUUCCGGGGGAAGACGCGCACGCCUUCCUUCGUCUGCUCCGAUUCCGGAUACAACGUGCAGAUCGUGGUGGGGGAGGCCGAACCGGAGGAGGCGCUGCUGCGUCGAUUCAGGAGGGAGGUAUCGAGGGCAGGUAUUAUAGAUGAGUGCAAGCGCCGGAGGUUCUUCGAGAACAAACAGGACGAGAAGAAGCGGAAGGCCAGAGAGGCCGGCCGGCGCAACCGUCGCAGGUGCUGUUUUACAGCUUUACUACUUCAAUUUCGUGAUGGUGGUGGACCGGUGGUGUGUGUGAGUCUUCUCGUUGGUUCACAUUUCAAUGAAUGCAACUAAUUUGUCAACGCAAAAGGUUGGGAGAGAGUGAAGGUUGUUUAUUCGCAUGCUGGAAGAAAUGAGAAAAAGAAAGAGACCAAUGAAAGGUUGAAAAGAAACUCCAAAGUCUCAGGUCACAUGUAAGUCUUCAACUUGCCAAUUAACGGAAAGAAAAACAGGAAGUCAGUCAGUUUACAUGCAGAAAUUUUCCUUUCCGUGAAAUUGUGUCGCUUCUAGAAGUAUAAAUUAGCUCCUUUUUCAUUUUUCUACUUUCUUUUUUAUGAGUUCAAGAUGGACUCGGACGACUCGUGCUAGUUCAGACCUACAAUCACAUAAAAGAAGUUGUAUCUUCCUGUCAAUUUGAAUGUAACUGGACCAUUAAAAGAUGAACGGACACAAAGCAGCUUUCACGGAUUUUGUUUUUUGGGUAACGUGAUUCGAAUUUUGCAGUUAAUAUUGAAGAAAAUUGCGAUGAGAGAGUGCUUCAUUUUUAGAUUAUGUAGGAAAGGAGCUUUUGAAAGGUUUGACAGUUAUUGUUUGGUUAACCUGCCUCUGCUAGUACAUUGAUCCCACCUUGGAAAGGUAAAACAAGAGGAUAUCACCUGUGAUGUUGUGUUGCUGGUGAUUUGUUCUUUAACUGAAGGUGGAAAGAAAGGGUCCAUAAUAGCAUGAUAAUUAAUGGAGAUUGGAGGGCAAACACCUUUUCUUUUUUCCUCAAAGCCAUCACCAAUCCAAAUGCUGCUUCACUGCUAAUUUUUCUGUUGAGAAAGAUUCCGCAAAAAUUUGGGAAUUGUACAUCUUGUCUAUACAGUAGCUAUAAGCUUCGUCCUUCAUAAUUUGUAACUGGAAGAGAUAGAUUGCCACAUUUGUCUGAUAUUGCUUGAUUUUUCCUUGUUUUGGCCGUGCUACCACAACUAUAAAUACAAGUAACAAAAAAUUU